AUGUUCCACAGCAGCACGCAGCGCCGGCACUGGACCUUCCGCGGCGAGGAGGAGCUGGCGCGGCGCCGCGCUGAGGGGAACCGCUGGGCCCGGGCCAGGGCGGCGGCCAGCGGGAAGGUGCGCGGGGCCGCAGGGGUUGCGGGGCGGAGCGGGGCGGCAGGGUGCUACCGCGGCGGACUCAGGCGCGGCUUUGCUUCUCCCAAGGUGCCGCAGGGCGACCUGGUGCUGCUGGAGCCGCACGAGGAGCUGGCACUAUGCAAGUACUACGAGAAGAGGCUGCUAGACUUCUGCGCCGCGUUCAAGCCCGCGAUGCCGCGGUCCGUGGUGGGAACAGCUUGCAUGUAUUUCAAACGUUUUUACCUCAAUAACUCAGUGAUGGAGUAUCAUCCUCGGAUAAUAAUGCUAACAUGUGCAUUUUUGGCCUGUAAAGUAGAUGAAUUUAAUGUAUCCAGUGCACAGUUUGUUGGUAACCUUCGAGAAAGUCCUCUUGGACAGGAAAAAGCUCUUGAACAAAUACUGGAAUAUGAACUGCUACUUAUUCAGCAACUGAACUUCCAUCUCAUCAUCCACAAUCCCUACAGGCCAUUUGAGGGAUUUCUAAUUGAUAUUAAGACUCGCUAUCCAGUGCUGGAAAAUCCUGAAGUUUUGAGAAAAACAGCUGAUGACUUCCUUAACCGAGUGGCUCUGACAGAUGCAUAUCUGCUCUUUACACCCUCACAGAUCGCUCUCACUGCCAUAUUAUCUAGUGGCUCAAGAGCAGGAAUUAAUAUGGAAAGCUAUUUAUCAGAAAGUCUUAUGCUGAAAGAAAACAGAUUGACCUUAUCCAGAUUGCUAGAUGACAUGAAAUGCAUGAAGAAUCUCAUUAGAAAAUAUGAACUGCCAAGGCCUGAAGAGGUCAUUGCUCUAAAACAGAAGUUAGAGAAGUGUCACAGCUUGGACCUUUCAUGUAAUGCAAACCCGAAGAAGAGGAAAGGUUAUGAAGAUGAGGAAUAUGUCACAAAGAAAUGUAAAAUGGAUGAGGAAGAGUGGACUGAUGAUGAUCUUGUGGAUUCAGCAUUACUUUGAAGGAAGAUGAACUCCUACCAUUGCAGGAACUACUCUCUGGUGUCAGGUCCAACACUAUCAAGAUUUGCUUCAAGAAAUCUGGCCCUCGUUUUUAGUUCAGAAACAGUUUGAUGUGGCUGCAGUGUAGUGUUAAGAACACCAACUGAUUUAUUUCCCUUUCACACAUCCUGUUCUACAAUAAACCCAUUUUACAUGUAGCUUUAGGUGUUCCCCAGUUUCAUUCUCUUUGCUGUAUUUUGUGUGAAAUAGGUAAAUUAGGUAGGCAGCUCUGCCUUCCAGUUUGUAUUUUUACAGUGUUAUAUUACCUAUACCAAAGCAACUAAAUCCACAAAAUAAUCCCUUUUAUACACUCUGUUAACGAUCUAAGUAGGACAGAAGGAAAGGUUAAUUACUUAUUCCUCUGAGAUGCAGUUUGAUGGAGGCUUGACAGGGUUAUGGGACAAUAUAAGAAAAGACUGCUCAAGUAACAAGGUCUUGCAAACAGGUGUAUUGUCACUAUGGAAGAGUGUCACAUGUGUUUGCCCAGUGCCAGACAUGUGACAUCUGGCAGCUCUCACCCUCAAGAAACUGUUCCAGCUGGAGACCAGGGCAACAGAGCAAGAGCCAUUAUAAUACUACAGCAGAGGUGCAAAAGCAAGUCUCUGAUUUUUAUGUGACAAUGAUUUGGCAGUUCUGAUACUGUAGGCAUUUUAAGGGUUUACAACAGUGUUUGCAUGAUAGAAUUAUUUAAGUGGUUAUCUCAUUAGUCUUGUCAGUGAAUCCUUUUAUUCCCUAUUAUUUUUUCACUGCCUAGGAUGUAACACACGGUGAUGAUGAAAUACUCUCUAAAUCAACAGCACAUUUUACUAUUCAAUUUUUUAAACAGUUUAUGGCAGUGUGAUGGGAAGGGACACCUUCCACGAGACAAGGCUGCUCUAAGCCUCAUCCGACAUGACCUUCAACACUUCAAGACCAGGGCAUCCCUGGCACUCUGCCAGUGUCUCACCCUACUCACAGGGAAGAAUUUCUUUUUAUUAAAUAUCAGCCUACCCAAGAUGUUUUAACAUCUACUUCCUUGUCCAGUGAUGUACAAAUUAAGGCACAGGGACAAGGUAAUGCUGUCUGAGGACUCAGGCUCAAAAAGUGACACAGUGUGAACACUUCAAAGUAUACCACCAGUGCAGACACUGAAAAAUUUUCACAGCAGCCAGAGUUAACCAGUUUCCAUAAAGUUUGAGAUACGCAGCUUGAUUUAUUUUAAAAACUUUUCACUUAUAAAAAUAAUAUUUAUGCUAGACUUACAGUACAAAAAAGACCAAACAAUAUCUAUUUUAUAAAAUGGUUUAAUGAAUGCAUGCAUGUCUGAUAUAAUGAUCAAUAAAUUUACUGAAUUCAAAUGAUGUACUGUUGUAAACAUUUUACAAAAGCAUUGUGAUUUAUCUGGAUAUACAGUUCUUGAUGGAAGAACUAUUCAGACUGAAGCAGUGACACAUCAAAAAAAAUAAAGCUGACAAGACCCAUUCUGCA